UUAAUAUUUUGUUCAUGGUAUACUAUCAACUAUAGUUGGCCUAGUGGGAAAUGAAUGAUCCUUUCUCAUUUCAAAUCAAAUAUGUAUUUUAUUAAAUAUUAUUGCAAUGUAAUUCCACAACUAACUACCAUAACAGCACAUGCAUAUAGCAUCCAUUUUCAAAUGUCAAAGUUAUAAAUUCAUCAGUUUCUAUAUUGUAUUUCACACAUCAAAAUUGGCUAGGUCUUUUUUCUCUUGAGUGUGUAAGAGAAAAAUGGAAGUUAUUAAUGUAAAUCAAUGGAAUAAUGAAGUUGAUGAUAACGAAGUUGAAGAAAUGAGUUUGCAACGAAAGAGUGUUGUUGCUCAACAUACUAGCAGCAGCAGUUCUAGCAGUUCAGAUAACAACAACAUAGAAGAAAAAGAUGGAGGCUUAGACUUCAUUGAAUCGGAGACAAAACCGAAAUUUGAAGUGGUGAUAGCAGAAAGGAAUGCUGAAAUGAUAAUUCCACAAGAGAAAGAGAAAAUUGAUGAGAAUGACGCAAUUUUACCUGCUUCUGAUUCACCUCUUGAUGAGGACUCUACUUCUUUGAUCAAUGUGACAAAUGAGAGUGAGAGAGUUAUCAUAGUAAAAGAAAAUGGUGAAGAAAGACAAGAAUUUUAUUUGGAGAAUGUGUUUGAGAAACCACCAUCACAUGGAUUUUACUGCCCUAAUUGUAAUGUUUGCAUCCAAAAAGUUUAUAUUCAAAGGAUCUACAUUCAACCUAUGCCACAAAAUGAGACAAUAAGAUGCUCAUCAUGCUUCAGUUUCCUCAUUCCAAUAGGUAAUUGGUUAUUCCCUGGAUUAGUAUCUAACGGAGAUGGACAAUUAAACAUUCAAAGUUCAAUCACUGAACAAACACUCGAUGUUUCAUCACAACAUGGUGAAGAGGUGCAUAAUGCCGUCACUAGAGGCACAGUAAAAUCGGUCACUAAAACAGUAGAUGAAGCAGGAGAAGAAACCGUGCAAAUUAUUGAAGAUGUGGUCAUUCAUGGACCUCAGAAAAGUCAAGUUGUAACAACGAAAAAACAGUUUUGGAGUAAUUGGGGUGUUAUAGGUGGAACAUCUUCUCAAGCCUCUAAAACUGUCACUACAGAAAAUAGAGAUUGGAAAGUUAUAUCUUCUGUGUCUCAGACAACUUUGUCCAAAAAACCUCAAACUGACUUUCCAGGCAAGGAACAGACGGAUUUUGUGGAAGUUAAAGUUGAUGGAGCAUCCACAGGCUCUGGUGAGGAAGUAGUUCCUUCUGUAACUGAAAGAACGCCACUUCUUAUUCAUAGUAACCCAAUUGUAGAAACAAAUAGCAAGAAAUUGGAGAUUGUGAAAAGUAUUGUGUAUGGUGGUUUGACUGAAUCAUUAGCCAGUCUUAGUGUUGUAACUUCUGCAGCAAGUGCUGAUGCUGCAACAUUGAACAUUGUUGCACUGGCUAUUGCUAACCUGAUUGGUGGACUUUUUGCCCUUGGUCAUAAUCUUAGGGAACUGAAAGCUGAACAACCAAAAAGAUCCAACACAGAAGCAGCAGUGGUGGAUCAAUACAAGGAAGUAUUAGGAGAGAGGAAGAAUUUCAUUCUUCAUGCAUUUAUUGCAAUCUUAUCAUUCAUUAUUUUUGGACUAAUUCCUCCAGUUGUAUAUGGCUUCACGUUUCGCGAAAACGAUGAAAAGGAUUUCAAGCUAGCAGCAGUUGCAGGAGCUUCUGUUAUAUGCAUCACACUUCUCUCUAUUCUCAAAGCUUAUAUCAAGAGACCAAACAGUUACUUAACAUAUUUUCAAACAGUGUUUUUCUAUGUUAGCACUGGUGGUGUUGCCACAGUGCUUUCUUACUUAGCUGGUGAUAUGAUGAAGAAAAUCAUUGAAAAGCUUGGAUGGUUUGAACCAGCAUCAAGUUUGGUUUUUUCCUUGAAGAAUCAACAUGGAUUGGGAUCGUAUUAAUAAUAAGGAUUGAUGAAUUCGUUUGAGAGAUUGAUUUUGUGUUUUUGCUUGUUCAUGUUUUUCUUUACCUUUUGUUUUGGAUUUCAUUUUUUUAUUAAUUAGGAAUAUUGUUGUCUAUGUUCCACAAUUUUAUUAGACUGCAUAUUGGAAUUGUUACAGUCUCAUAUUAUAAAAAUUAGAAGUGCAAUGCUUCCUUUUGAGUGUUUGACAUUUAAUUAUUUUGGCAGUUCACACUAUUGAAGUUUCUGUUGAAUGUAUAUUAUCUAUGCUGAUGGAUGAAAAUUGUCUUAUGAGUUACUGUUGUGAAAUGAAAGGUUCAAUCA